GUAAGCCAAGAACAGUCAUGUUGCCGAAGAUGGACGCAAAGAUCUAGCAGAAGGAGAAGUAAACGCUUCGGAGCCAGAAGCAUUUCGUGUGAUCUGGACUAUUUGCAAAAGAGUGAAUACUAAAGAUCACUUCAUUCUAAUCUAGAGUGCAGCAUAACGGCGCUUGGUGUAAAUUUAGUGACAUUCUAUAGCUCGUACAGAGUCUUGUAGUAGCGCAAGUUACAAGUGUGCGUCAAUAGGAAUUAACUGCAAAGUUCCUAACUUAAGUUAGUCCGAAAAUGGCUUCCAUGACUGAAUGUGAGGAAGAGCUUGCGUGUUUGACACGAGAAACAGUGAUGGAACAGGAUCAAUUAGAAAGCACUUUAUUAUGGUUUCUAUCGCAGAACUUUCUCAAGUCCACAAUAACAAAAUUUGUUUCGGUUGAUGUUGCGCUCCUGAAGACGAUGGAUUCUGAUUCGUUAGCAUCGAUGGACAAUUUACUGAUGGCAGACGCUUUGGCACCAUGGAAGGUGAGCAAUUCGGAAAAUUUGUUAAAAGUACGUAAUCAAGUUUCGACCAACGCCAUGGAACUGAAUAGAUUGUACGCUCAGAUGCGAUCUGGCCAUCUUGAUAAGGAGUUGGAUAAAUGUCGCACUCAAAUUCGUGAAUUGCGUUCGAAAAAACAUUCCAUGCAAUAUGAUUUGAAUGCUAAACAACAGCGGGUGAACACAGAAGAACUAGAAAUGUCUGGCUUGGUAGACGUUUUGAAGGAGAUUUUACGAGACACUGAAACUACUAUUCAGUGUCACGAACAAGAGCUAGAAAAGGUGGAAAAUAGUUUUAAUGAUAACUAUGAUUCUCCGUUGUUUAGUCAAUUAUGUGAGUAACAUAACAUUUAAUUCAUUUCACGUUACGAAACAUGUUAACAACUGGUAUGGAAUUUCGAUGUGUAAACGAUGUGUUCAACAUUUUCUCAAUUUUACUUUUCUUUGUAACAUUGUAACAUUUUCAUAUCGUUUUAGAAAUCGUUAACAGUUAGCUUGGCCCUUACAAUCGUUUAAGCCCAUGUUCCUCAAUCUCUAUUCAGCACACGAUAAAGGGAAACUGCGCCAUUUUGAAAACAACGGGAAUUAGUGAAAUAUUUGAUUGAACUUUAGUUAGAAUAUUAUGGUAUAUUCUCUUGCUGCUUUUGAUAUGUAUGAAAUGAAAUGAUCUGUAUGUUAUAGUAUGAAUUGAAGCAAAUGCAUUCCUAGAACAAAAA